AUGAACACCAUCAAACACAACAACUGCGACAACAACGACAAGAUGAUGACCACCUCUUCCAUCAAGAUCAACUUCCAGGGCGCUUCACGCGACGUGAACGUUCCGGCUCCGGUUACGCUCGACAGCCUCCAAGCGGCCAUCGCCGCCGCCUUCGAUGCUGAGCUGCCUGUCCGCUCCCCCGCGGGGGAGGCCGCCAAGGACACCGACCUGUCGUUCACGUACAAGGAUCCUGAUGGGGACGACAUCGUGUUCGACAAGGAUUCCGAGCUGAAGCUGGCAGUGCGCCUAUGCCCCAGCUCGCUCGAGAUCUCGGCUGCCCUGAAGGAAAGCAAGCCUGCUAACAAGCCCGACCCCGAAGCGAGGCUGUACAAGAUCGCCGCCCGUAACCUGCGCGAGUACAACGGCGUGCCCUCCAUGACCCCGCCCAAGCUCAUCAAGACCCUGGCUUUCCUCAAGCUGAACCCGCAACGCCUCGUAAAGCAGGGCCUCGCUCCCAAGGUUCUUCUGGCUCGCAUGAAGGCCGAAGCCGCCAACAACGCAAAGGUAUCGAAGGUUCCUCUUGGUGACGGCAAGAACAACGAGGAUCUCGCCGACUCGGUCGCCGCCGGCAUGGAACUGAUGAGCGUGGAGGACAAGAAAGAAUGGAACGACGGCUUCGUGUCCGCCGAAUCGGACGCGCCCGCUGCCGCGGCGCCCAUCACCGCCGAGACUUCCUCUCCCGACAACGACAAGGAGGAGGAGAACGAUGACGCUGCGCCUGAGGUCAAGAAGAACCUCAUCCACAAGGCCUUCAUCGCAGGCGGCAUCCAGCUCCGCCCUCGCGAGGGACUACUACUGGGGGUGAGCAUCUUCGUCACCGUCAAGCCGAAGGAGGAGGAGCCUAGCCGUCUACUACCGUUCUACUCUCUCUUUGUUCCGCGUGUCGUGGGGCAAGAUUGAAGGACGGCAUGAGAGUAGUUGAGUUGGUGUAGCCUUGUCUUUCGGUACUAUUUGCAAUUGGGCAGAAGCCUCCCUCGGAAACACUGAUACGAGGGGUGGAGAACGGAAGGUUUUAGUAGACGAGAACCGUUUCACCGUUUGGCUUCUGCACUCAUGCAGCACUACGAUAGGCGUAUAUGCUCGAAACAUCUUUCAAAGUAAAACCGUCUUGGUUUGAUUUGAGUUCGGCCUUUCGUGGUUUCUUUGUUUUUUUCUGUGCUCACGUUCUUGAGGGAGUCGUUUAUGUUGCGUGUAAGUGUAUAGUCGCUGUGCGACGCAGAGUAGCUGAUUGCGAACGGGUAAACCAACGAGUUCGUGGCACCGUUUGCGUGUGGCGUCAGAGUGUUGUUGCAGCGGGUAUGCAUACGUUGAUCUCGUUGUUUUGAGUUCGUACGGGGAGGAGAGUACCGCUCGUGUGGCAUACACGUGGAGUUAAAAUGGAUAAGAAGGGACUGCUGUGCACCCACUACUGCUGUCAGCAGCAAUAGCAGGAGACAGCGGUCGGUCGGAACACCGGCGGUUCACAAGUGGAAGCGGUAAUUGUUGAAGUCUCAGGGAGGCACACGUCGCGCAGCGGUGUUGUCUAUUGCGUGCACUUCAUGGGGUAAAAAAGGCGGUUUGGGUAGUCAAACGCCGGCCAUGUUGAUUCUUCAGACUGGAAAGUAUUCAGAUAGGUGGAUGGAAUGGGGGAGGGAAGUAAAUGUAGUAAAAAAAAGUAGGCCGUCCCUGUGGCGAACUGGGCUAUGACUUUGCAGUCUUCAACAGCAACUACAGGUGUGUCAGCGUGGGCAUGGGAGAGAGAGGAGAGGGAGCGAGUUCCACCCACGAUGUGAUGUUAAUUGUAGAGAGGAAAAUGAAAGAAAACAAAAGACCCAAGAG